GCCCGUCCUCCUGUCUCUGCUGGCUUAUUGGCUUGUUGAUGCGGAGGUGGCUCGUUCCGCCUCCCUUUCCCAACAUGGCGGCUAUGAGUGUAAACAAGGCCGGGCCCGGAGCGACGCUGGAUACCGGCCCCCGGCACAGCGGUAGCCGGGGGCCGGCUGGGGCUGCUGUCAAGGUUCUUGAGUGUGGAGUCUGUGAAGAUGUAUUUUCUUUGCAAGGUGAUAAAGUUCCCAGACUGCUUUUGUGUGGUCAUACUGUCUGUCAUGACUGUCUUACUCGGCUUCCUCUCCAUGGCAGAGCAGUUCGUUGUCCUUUUGAUAGGCAAGUUACUGAAUUAGGAGAUUCUGGCGUCUGGGGCUUGAAAAAAAACUUUGCUUUGCUGGAGCUUUUGGAACGACUGCAGAAUGGCUCUGCUGGCCAAUAUGGGACAACUGAGGAAGCUAUUGGCCAGUCUGGAGAGAGCAUCAUUCGUUGUGAUGAAGAUGAAGCUCAUGUUGCAUCUGUAUACUGCACAGUUUGUGCUACUCAUUUGUGUGCAGAGUGUUCACAGCUUACCCAUUCUACGAAGACACUGGCAAAACAUAGGCGUGUACCUCUUGCUGAAAAACCUCAUGAGAAGACCAUGUGUUGCCAGCAUCAGGUGCAUGCCAUUGAAUUUGUUUGUUUAGAAGAAGGUUGUCAGACCAGUCCCCUUAUGUGUUGUGUUUGCAAAGAAUAUGGAAAGCAUCAAGGCCAUAAGCAUUCUGUUUUGGAACCAGAAGCAAACCAGAUCCGUGCAUCCAUUUUAGAUAUGGCACACUGUAUAAGAACUUUCACAGAAGAAAUCUCGGACUAUUCCAGGAAACUAGUUAGAAUUGUUCAACAAAUUGAAGGAGGAGAACAAAUAGUGGAAGAUGGAGCUGGAAUGGCCCAUACAGAGCAUGUUCCAGGUACUGCAGAAAAUGCCCGUUCAUGCGUUCGAGCCUAUUUUUCUGAUCUUCAUGAAACCCUUUGUCGCCAGGAAGAAAUGGCACUUAGCGUGGUUGAUGUACAUGUGCGGGAGAAAUUGAUCUGGCUCAGACAACAGCAAGAAGACAUGACCAUCCUGUUGUCACAGGUUUCAACUGCUUGUCUUCACUGUGAAAAGACUUUACAGCAGGAUGAUUGCAGAGUAGUGUUGGCUAAACAGGAGAUUACAAGGCUACUAGAAACAUUACAAAAACAGCAGCAGCAAUUUACAGAACUUGCAGAUCAUAUACAGCUGGAUGCUAGCAUUCCUGUCACUUUUACAAAGGACAAUAGGGUACAUAUUGGACCAAAAAUGGAGAUUCGAGUUGUGACCCUAGGAUUAGAUGGAGCUGGCAAAACAACUAUUUUGUUUAAGUUAAAGCAGGAUGAGUUCAUGCAACCUAUUCCAACAAUAGGUUUUAAUGUUGAAACUGUAGAAUAUAAAAAUCUGAAGUUUACUAUUUGGGAUGUAGGAGGGAAGCACAAGUUGAGGCCUUUGUGGAAGCAUUAUUACCUCAAUACACAAGCGGUGGUAUUUGUUGUUGAUAGCAGUCACAAAGACAGGGUUAGUGAAGCACACAGUGAACUUGCAAAGUUAUUAACAGAAAAGGAAUUGCGGGAUGCCUUGCUGCUGAUCUUUGCUAAUAAGCAGGAUGUAGUGGGCGCUCUUUCUAUAGAAGAAAUCACAGAAAUGCUGAGUCUCCAUAAACUCUGCUGUGGCCGUAGCUGGUAUAUUCAGGGCUGUGAUGCGCGAAGUGGCAUGGGACUAUAUGAAGGAUUGGACUGGCUCUCAAGACAAUUGGUGGCUGCAGGUGUACUGGAUGUGGCUUAAUUUCACAACAGUUGCAAAUUAAAUUUGUAAUUCACUUAUUUGAUAGAGUUAAGAUGUUGUAAUAAGCUCUGCAUUGUGAAGAUGGAGAUUAGAAAAAAUGUACAUGUGUCUGCUUAUCAAAGAUUGUGAAAUUGGUGCAGUAAACACUUUGUGCAAUUGCUUCCGUUUUUUAAAUUUGGUAAUGCAACAGACUAAAAGGAUGGGCUGGCUGCUAAGGUGCCUGGAUUUUUGUUGUUGUUCUGAAGCUGGUUUGUAACCCAAUUUAAGCAAACUUGUUCUGCUAAAACUUUACGUACCUCAAAAAACAACAAGGAAUCCUGUGGCACCCUGAAGGCUGAACAGAUUUAUUUGGGCAUAAGCUUUUGUGGGUAAAAAAAAACACUUCGGUGGUGCAUCUGAUGAAGUGUUUUUUACCCCCAAAAUCUUAUGCUCAAAAAAUCUGUUAGUCUUUAAGGUACCAUAGGAGUCCUUGCUGUUUUUCUAAAUACAGACUAAUACCAAUAACCCUCUGAGAAUUGUGUUUCUAAAUUGAUCUAACAUUUACCAUAGUCUCAGAAGUUACUAUUAGAUUAAGAUUAUUAGGGACUUAAAAUACUUACCCAAAAGGCAACUUAACCCCCCCCGCCCCCCAAUAAAUUCUUGAGGAGUUUACAAAACAAGUACAACUCUAGAUGCUCUUGGGUAAUACAUGAUGCUGCUUGUACAUUUAAAAAGGCAUUACUUUAAAGGCAUUGAAAAACUCCAUAUAGACACUACAAGAAGAAAAGUUUAUUGCCCAAUCAUUUAUUUAUUAACCUUAUUGCAUGCCCUGGGGGAGGGAGGUAUAGGGUUAGACAGUUUUAACACCCUAGUAAUAAUCUUAGGAUCUUGCAGAUGUGAUGGGUAUUGGCAUUAACUACUAUUUAGUAAUACUGAAAGAUUCACAUAAAUGAAAGCAAAGUAAAAUUGUGCACUCUAAAAUGUCACCUUUCCUUGAAUAAUGUACAAUAUAUUGAUUAUAAAUAGGAGUUACCUGGGCAUGUCCAGGAACAUGCAUCUUAAGAUAUUGAAUCCCAUCCUUAAGUGAAGUGAAGCUGAGAACUUCCUAAAGAAAGCAGUUGAAAUGUCAGCCCACUUGAUAUUUUUACAGGAGUUGUGUCUAGAAAAAGGUAGCAGCCUUCAAAUAUUAAAUAACCUGUUGUAAAAGAACUGCACACUUAACUCUUACUUAGAAGAGCAGGUGAUAAAAUCAGAUCUAGAAGUUUAGUUUCUGAUUCAGAUUCUUUACAUACUUGGUACUAUGCUCAGUGCCUGUUCUGAAAGAUAAUUCAUUCUCAGACUCUCAAUCCUGGGGCUGUAUCUGUUUAAUUUUAGAGAAGGUUGGAAUUACUUAAUUUCUUCUUUUUUGCUGUGUACACAGUUCUGAUCACCAUAAAUCUGUGCAGUGAACACACCUAGCGUGGCUCCUCUAUUCCAUCCUCUAACUGUGUGACUCCUGGGAACUGAUGAGGCUAUGCAGAAGGACUCUGCAGGCCUCCGCAACGGACAUCUUACUGUAUUUACUGUAGUACAUAUUUUGUAGCAUUUUCCCCAUUACAUACAUAAUUAAAGGAAAGAAUAUAUAGACAAACUAAUACAUUUGUAAUUCAGGAGGAUGCAGUUUUGGUAACUGCUUCUCCUGAUGACACUGGUUUAUAAUGACCUUCAUUCUUCAUUUCAUUCUUAUUGUGUUUAUAUGUACAUUGAUUGCUAAAAUUGAAAAAUUUGUAUUGUAACUCAAGUGACAGUAAGCAUCACUAUUUUCAGAGGAGGGGCUACAAAUUAAGUUUGUUUUUACAUUUAGAAGUGAUCUUAUAAAUCUUUGCACCCAUACUAAAUACUAAGAGAAGAAUUUUACAGAGACUAAGUUCAGACUGUAUUUGAAAGCUCUAUUUUCCUUCAGAAAAACAUGAUAUAUUGUACAUAAUUUACAUAGAUUGAAGAGUUUUUGCUGCCCAACUUGAACUGAAAUUGUUCACCCCUUUCAGUCUUAUAGAUGUUUUCUGCCCUUCUGAUUACCUGCUCUACCUAUAUUGCAACAUAGACCUUUAAGUAUUAAACUAUCCUUUUCAUAGUUUUAUUUUCAAAUAUGAACAAGUUCCAAGUAAUAUACUUCAGCUGGAAGGUUUUUAAAUGAAUAAAACAUGCAUUGGUGGGAAGAUCAAGUAUGAAACUUGACAUUUCAUUUUGUACAUUCUACAUCGUCAGUUCAUUGGAUUGUACAUGCGCACCUGCUCAGCUGUUACUUUUGUUUUCUUUGAUUAUUGUAAAGCACUCAGCAAAACCGGUCAACACUUUAUAACGUCUUGAAGAGCAGAGUAUGUUUGGGAGGAAACAAAAUCACAUUUAUUUUUUACUUUCAGUACAAAAGAAAGUUCUGCUGCAAAUGUAGUAUACUUGCAUAAAAGCAUUCUUUGUAAAUGGAAACUAUUAUGUGACUGAUUUCAAGUAACUGUGAAAAUAGGUGUUGCAUUUGUCUGUGAACGUUUCAGGUGUUAUCAGGUAAACUUAGAUUUAUUUGUAUUAUAAGUUAAUACUAUAUAUAAACUGCUUCAAUUGUAAAUUUUCAAUGUCUUGAACUUUAAUUCAGAUUUUAGUUAAUUAACUUAUACAAUUUAUUAUUGGGAUGUGUUUCUUGCAUUCGGUUAUGAAUUUAGUAGUAUUGCAGACAAUUAUCUGGUUAAAAUGAAAACCCCUAAUUACUCAAAGUUAAUGGUAGCAUUUAGCUAUCAAGUGUGAAUUUUGGCUUAAUUGUGAAACUGAAUAAAUGUAAUAUGCAGUGACUGAAGAAAAGUGUUUUUAAAUUAAUCUUGGUUUAAAAUUGUAAACAAUAGCUAAACUCUUUACACAGUAAUGCCUGGCUUCGUGUUAUCUAACUUUCAUUGUAUAUAAUUGAACUUACUUGUUUGUGGACUGAAUGAUGACUGAGGUUUCAUCUGCAGGAACACAUUCACCAAGAUAGUUCUUGUUCUGGGCUGCUGGAGCAGAGUUGGGUAUGAUGGUACUUCACAAAAGAACCAAUCUUACUUAAAGAAAGAGUGAUUUAGCAGAAAGUUUCUGAAUUGCUUUGAACAUUUUUUUCCCAAAUAAAGAGAAUGCUUUAACUA